AUGACAACUAUACAGGAACAAAUCGAUGCAAGGAAAAGGCGGCUAGAGCAGCUGAAACGAUUAACUAAUGUUGACAAGGAGCCUCCUAAUAACGCUAACAUUAAAAGUUCAGUUGAAACAGUUGACUCAGCCCCUGCUCAAAUUGAGCCUAGUCAAGCAGUAAGUAAUACAGAUCAUGGAAAUAAGAAUUCACAGGAUUCACAACAAUCCCAAGAAUCCCAAGAUUAUUCACCACAUGAUGGAACGGAAAUCAUGAGAAAUGCUCUGAGAGAACCUCUUGAUGAAUUAGAUAGACGAACAGAUAAGGCCAUCCAGAGACUAGUAAGACAGAGGUUAAUCUCAGACGCAAUGAACCGGGAAUGA